ACAUUGCGCCGGCAAUUUACAUUAGCGUUUGUUUUUAUUUUUUGAAAGAGAUUUACUUGUUUUACUUGAUGGCCACUCUUUGCUUGGACUUUCUCGGCUUUCAGGAAGCCCUGAAGAAGAUGCGAGAUGUGGACGACAAAAUUAUAUAUGCACUGAACGCCCUGCCCACCGACUCGUUCAAGGGUCAGGUCAACAGCGAGAGCACCUGCCGCGAUCUGUACGCCAAACUCCAGCAGUCGCACCAGUCCCGGCAAGACAGCAUACGUAGUUGCAUAACCUUAUCGGCCACAAAUCUGAAGCAGCUGCGGGAGAACCGGGAGGCCCAACCGGACGAUGUUGAUACGGACAGCAAGUUCAAGGCGGAGCAGCGAAAGCUCCGUGUGCUCCAGGCAGAGCUCAAUGUGGAGGAUAUCAUCAAGGAGCGAACCUACAAGGCGUUCAACGAAAGGUGCCGGUCAUACUUCCACGCCGGCCAGUAGGCACGUGCAAUGAUCCAGUGACUAGUUUUAAGUGGAUUUAUAGAGUGGUAGACAAGAGGGAACUGCCCAACCAGGAGGCAUUUACUAGCACUUGGUUGUAUUUUCGCAAUUUACAACGAGUACAUAUAUGUACAUAUAGAAAA